CACACAGCGAAGCAUUUGGAUGAGCAACAUCCUGAUUCUGCCCAGCCGGCAUGGAUUUGUUCUAAGUGCCCCCCCAUUUCCCCCACAAAUGUGCUGUUACUGGAUGCUACUCGCCCUCCCCCCGCUGCACUUGUUGCGCAGAGACUGGAUGCGCCGCUGAGACCUCAGAGAGAGGAGAGGCAGGGACCGACUGCAACAGGUGCACACAGAGAAUAUCCUCCGGAAAGACUGCACUGGAGAUUAAACACAACUUUAAAUGCCGAUCUGAGGACAUUUCUGCUGUCUUCAGCCCUCGCCACGCGCACAGUUCCAGUAUGCCGGUUCUCACGAGCCCUGACAUUGCCAAUAAGUUUAAGGAGAAAUGGCUGGCAGUCUACCCAGAGGACCAGGUCCCUGGCAGGGAUGCCGCCCCCCUGGACGACAGCCUCACCAGCCUCCACUGGCUCCAGAAUUUCUCCAUCCUCAGCGCGGACCCGGAGCGGCCAAAUGGAGCCGGGCCGGGCUGCCCUUCCUCCCAGCAGCACCUUUAUCUCAAGCGGCUCGGUUGCCCCAGAGGCGGCACUGACUCUCCAUCCAGCCCUCCAGCCGGAGACACAGCAUCAACUGGCAUGCCUCUGUACCUCGGCAGCCCCGUUACCUCCGGCAGCGACUCAACGCUUUUCACAAACUACGCACAUCCGGGUAGCACAAGCUACCCACAGAUCCCCAUCCAGGCUAGUCCACCUGUGGAGAUCGACUACAAAACCAACCCUAAAGUCAAACCGCCUUACUCCUAUGCUUCUCUCAUCUGCAUGGCCAUGCAGGCCAGUAAGCAGCCCAAAGUGACUCUGUCCACCAUCUAUAACUGGAUCACAGAGAAUUUCUGCUACUAUAGACACGCGGAGCCCAGCUGGCAGAACUCGAUUCGUCACAACCUGUCCCUCAACAAGUGUUUCAAGAAGGUCCCCCGGCAGAAAGACGAGCCGGGGAAGGGGGGCUUCUGGCAGAUUGAUCCGCAGUAUGCUGACAUGUUUGUAAAUGGGAUCUUUAAGCGCAGGAGGAUGUCUGCCAACCACUACAGCAGCAGCAGUGGUGGUGGAGGCCCCCACAGACAGAGCAAACUGCUUCAGGGCUAUCACAGCAACCAAAACAGCUACCCUUAUCAAGCAGUGGGUGGCAAACAGAAGAACAUUUCCUCUAAAAGCCACAGCAAGAUGCAGAGGGGGGCAGAGUCUCCUCUAUUGGCGACAGACGCCCACAAAGUGGACAUCCUGAGGGGGGACUUUGACUUGGCAUCUGUGUUUGACGAUGUCCUCAGCGGGAACUGUAGCACCUUUGAGGAUUUGGACAUCAAUACAGCACUGAGCUCCCUUGGGUGCGACAUGGAGGUGUCUCUGCAAGGGAGGCAGCAGCACCCAUCAGCGGGGCUGGGCAGGUGGUGUGGAGGCAGCGGGGACAUGAUGGGUCAGAGCCAGCACCUGAACCACCACCAGUCCUACACUUACAUGGAUAUGAAUGCUAUUUCCAUGGAUUGCGCCGCGAAUAUGGGACAGGCUCACCUCCCACUGCAGCAGCUGGACCAGGAUCAGCUGCUCCAGAGUCAGCAGCACCUGCAGCAGCAGCAGCAGUUCGAUGAGCCCACUGUGCUGUUCCCAGAGCAGCCAGAGGAGGUGGUGCUGCAGCCAUGGGAGGAUAUCAAAGAAGAGGCGCAGACAAUUCCUCUGACUCUGGAUCAUGGUUUUGGCCUGUGUGAGGGCUUCUUUACAGAGAUGCAGCCAUGGGAAAGAGUGGAGGCCUAUCUGUGACAUUUGACCCCAGACCUCAUAGACUUCUAAUUAUUUACACCUAAUCACCUGAGCAGCUGUGAUUACUGGCCUGACCUUUCAUUAUUCUGGAAAGAUUAACAGAACUACACAGAGGUUACAUCUGCAUUCCUAAUAAUUCUGCAAUACACUGUUUCUGUUUUGUUUUACACAAACAAAAAAAUCUCAAACUACAAUAGGAAAGUGGAACUCUGAGACCAGCUAACCACAAUUCCCUCAAAAAAUGCAGUGAAUGGACUGUAUGUGUUUUUAGGCAACAUGAUAUGGGAUUAUUUUCUGCCAUUGACUCCUAUUUCCUCAGAAGAAUGACAAACAAUUGGCCGAAAAUAAUCCAAAGCAUGACACAACACUUGUGAAGCGGACAUUGAAAUGACACUGCAACAACUUUUAGGAACCAAAUCAAAGCGUCAUGCAGAACAAGAAGGAUUUAUCACACUGUAAUCAACAUGCAGCACGUUUUUCUUCCAGAAUGAGGGAAAAUGAGGAAAUGUUGACUGUUUGCAGAAACAACUGCAUAUCCUGUAUUUUCUGGAACUGUUACAGCUCAGAUGUCAGACUGACAAAAACAAGGGAAUGUGUUCCAGUGAGCGCUGAACUGCAGCUAUUUGUCGCUGUUUUUUUUUCUUUUAUAUGAAAUAAUGACAAAAAUAGGAGAAAAGCAAAGGAAGCCCAAGCACCCUCUUUCAAAGCACUCUCCACAACAAGCACUGUUGGACUGAGGAGACAUGCAGGAGUCUAUUUUGCUACAUGAGCAUUGAACUUUUUAUACUAACAUGCAGUAAAACCUGUCAUUCAUCUCAGUUGUCUUUGUUAUGUGAUUAUCAAAGUUAUCAGUGCAAGAUGAUGACACAACAUACUUAAAAUCAUAGUCUGAAAGUAGUCACUUAUGACUUUGUUAUAUAGUCAAUUUAAUAUAUAUUCACUAAAGUAUAUAGCAUGAAGCUAGGCAGGAACAUUUGCCAUUUGUCUACACUUCUUGUAUUGCAAAGAUAGGAGGAGCAGACCUAAGCCCCUGAUGUCUCUCAAGGUAAAAUUUGUUUAUAUUGCACUCACAAGAUAUUUACUUGUGUGCAAAGUUGUUAUCAAAGUUUCUUAUGUUAACUAUCGUGUGUGCAUUACAUAAUUAUCUUGUGGAAACAAGUUAUCUUGUGUGCACAAAAUAAUCAUCUUGUACAGACAAGAUAAUUAACUUGCAUAUAAAAUUGAGCAUACAAGAUAUUUACUUAUGAGUGGAGAAUAUUAACUUGUGUACACAAGGUAUCUUGUCCAGUACACACAAGACAAUAUCUUGUCCACACAAGAUAAUGUCUUGAAUGUACAAGUUGAUACCUUUUUGCGCAAAAAAUAAUUGCGUUGUGUGCUCGAGAUAAAAAAUUUACUUUUUCUGGACAUCAGGGGCUCCAUACAGACCUGAAAUUGACUUAAAAAUUAAAACAUUAUGCACUUUGAUAGGCAGCAGUUUCAGGAAAGUGGGACAAGUUUUUUUUCAGUAGGUUGAAAUUUAUUUUCUAUCCUAAUAAAACAUUUUUUCAUAAGUAUGCUGACAAUAAUGGCAUUGAUGCAUUUGUUAUUUUGUCCAUAACAGUUUCUACAAAGAGCUCAAAACUGCAAUAAGUCAACAUGGCAAGAGUUUUUUCGUCAUUGAAUAUACUGUUGUUUUCUUAACAAAUAUACACAAAACUCGGCAUUUAUUGAUUAUACUUCGCCAAAUCUGUUGAUAAAAAUAUGCAGUUUAUUGGUGUUUCUGUGCUGACUUAUAAGAGUUCUGUUUUCUGUCACUGGGUGAUGGAUUUUCUUUCUUCUUGAUUCCAUUUGUGUAAGUCUUUUUUUAUAUGUACUGUUUGGUUUCACAAAUAUGAAUUUGAAAACAUGUUUAAGAUUUGAAUGGGAAAUUGUUUGGAAGGCUCAUGUAAUUUCAACUCAUUAAGGAUUUUCAUUUUGUAUCAUAUUGAUCAAGUUUGAUACGAACUCUUCAGUCUUACCAUGUUGUUUUCAUUUGUACUUUUUUAAGCUGUUUAAUAAUGCAAUCAUGCCUCGAUGCAAUAAAUGGUGUCAAAUAAAGAGGAAAUAUAA